AAGUACAAACUCCGUUGACUAUAAUGUUAUAAUUAUCCGACGAAAAAUGGCCAACAAGUGACGACACCCGUCCCCAUUGGCUCGUAGCAAAAUAUGACGUCUAGACCAAAAUAUAUGAUAUCUAUGCCCAGAAUCUUCAAAUAUUCAUCAACAUUGCCAGAUUGGGCGUGUUCCCUCCCAUUUUUUUUUUUUUUUUUUUUUACCCCAAAAGCUCGGGGCUGGAGAAAAUACUUUGUGCGAGUUGAUAAGAUUUCGACUACUUUUGACUAAAUUCGGCGAUUUUGGGAGGAACCGUUUUGAUUUGUUUUUAACAGUUGACAAAGUAAUGUCCUGGAGCCAAAGCAAUGUAGCAUCCCCUAUCCCCAGGAAAUGUACACAUUUUCAAGAUUCAUUUUCGGAUUCCACCCGGCAGCGACAGCUGAAUUUCCACGUUAAUUUCUGUUUGUUUUAUUUUUUAGGUACUACCACUUUAAACUAGACUCCGCCCUCCAGUUGCUAACAUAUCCGCGCUGCCGUCCAUCAGCGGCCACUUGUACAACAACAAUGAAUGUCUUUGGCGAUUUCAAUGAAAACUACACCAGUAUCUCUGCAAUUAUUCUGAAACUCUGUUGCCUUUAAGUGGAAACUGAUGCCGCAAAGCUGCAUUUGACACACUGGUAAUAACAGAAUAGCAAGGAGAGGAAUCCCCUUCGUGAGCUGUGGGUGUGUCUAAUGGCAGGUGGAAGGCGAGGGGCAAACCGCACUACUUACUGCAGAACUCCACUUGGCGGUGAACCAGGUUCAGUAAGCAAUGGCAACCACUCCACCAGCUCCCCAGUCACUGGUGUGCGGUCUCGCACGAGGAGUGGUACUGGAGCCUGCAUGAGCAGCCCUCCAUUAGCUGCACAAACAGUGGUGCCCUUGAAACACAGCAAGAUACCAGAGUUACCCGUGGAUAACAACAUACUGUUUGAGCUGCAUCUGUUCUUCUGCCACCUCAUUGCCCUCUUUGUCCACUAUGUCAAUAUCUACAAAACUGUAUGGUGGUAUCCACCAUUACAUCCUCCCUCACACACUUCACUGAAUUUCCACCUGAUUGAUUAUAACAUGCUCAUCUUCAUAGUCAUCAUUCUGGCUCGGAGGUUAAUCGCAGCAAUUGUUAAAGAGGCAUCACAGAGUGGGAAACUAUCAUUUCCUCAUUCAAUCUUCUUAGUGAUGGCACGAUUUGUUGUGCUAACGCUGACAGGCUGGAGCCUAUGCCGAUCUCUCAUAUACCUCUUCAGAACGUACUCUGUGCUAAGCCUGCUCUUCCUAUGUUAUCCAUUUGGAAUGUAUAUUCCGUUCUUUCGGUUGAGCUGCGACUUCCGACGUGCUGGUCCUCUCUCCCCCAUCGCCAGCAUCGGCUCCAAAGAGAUGGGCAGCGUUGGCCGGGGGCGGGACUACCUAACAGUGCUCAAGGAAACCUGGAAGCAGCACACCAGCCAGCUGUACGGCGUCCAGGUCAUGCCAACUCACGCUUGCUGCCUAUCCCCAGAUUUGAUCCGCAAAGAGGUGGAGUACCUCAAAAUGGACUUUAACUGGAGAAUGAAGGAAGUGCUGGUCAGCUCCAUGCUGAGUGCCUACUAUGUGGCCUUUGUACCUGUCUGGUUUGUCAAGAGCACACAGUAUGUCGACAAAUGCUGGUCUUGCGAGCUCUUCAUCCUGGUAUCAGUCAGCACGUCAGUCAUUCUCAUGAGGCACCUCUUGCCACCUCGCUACUGCGACCUGCUGCACAAAGCUGCAGCACACCUGGGCUGCUGGCAGAAAGUAGACCCAUCCCUCUGCUCCAAUGUCCUCCAGCACUUGUGGACAGAAGAAUACAUGUGGCCACAGGGAGUCCUCGUCAAACAUAAUAAGAAUGUCUAUAAAGCUACGGGCCACUACAAUGUCGCAGUACCAUCUGAUGUGUCCCAUUAUCGCUUCUAUUUUUUUUUCAACAAGCCGCUGAGAAUAUUGAACAUCCUUCUCAUCCUGGAAGGUUCCAUGAUAUUUUACCAACUCUACUCGUUGAUCUGCUCAGAAAAGUGGCACCAGACCAUAUCACUGGCACUGAUUCUCUUCAGUAACUACUAUGCCUUUUUCAAGCUGCUAAGAGACAGAAUCGUCUUAGGCAGGGCAUACGCUUACUCAAAUGGUCCGUCGGACCAGAAAGUAAGUUAGAUCUAAGUUAUUCCAGGGUGCAUACAAGAAAAAUAAGUUUAAGAGCUCUGUAUUUUUUCUACAAAUUGCAUUUUGUGUCAUGCUUUUGUUCUGAUCUGUCAUAAUAAAAAAGAUAUUUUUGUAUUACU